UCCUUCUCAUAUCUCAUUACUUCAAGUCCAUUCCAAUCCAACUUUUACAACAAUGGCAGCAGCCAUAUCUCCAGCCAUCAUCUCCUCUCGCUGCACUCAACCAACUCUCUUCCACUCCAAACUUUUCCUUCGUUCUUCCUCUGUAGUUCAUGGUCUUUCCCUCUCUGCAGGCUCUUCUGUCCUGCACUCGCAUGCAAUCAAAGUGGUUGCACCGCGGUGGGGUACCAACCAAUUGAAACCCAUUCAAUGCAAGGUGAAACCGCCCGCCCGCGGCCGGCACUUUCGCAUCAUUAUGGAUAAGCCUGGUGGAGAGAGUACUACUAAGUUGCAGAUCUAUGAAUAUUACAUUCAAAUUCUAGCAAAUGCUGUUGGAAGUAAAGAGGAAGCAAAAAAAUGUAUUUGCAGUAUUUCAUAUGACAGGCCUUAUGGGUUCGAAUGUGAAAUUGAUGAGGAAACCUCAAGAAGGCUUAAAGAUCUGCCUGGUGUUCAAGUCCUCCGAAUGUAGAUCCUGCAAACAUCUAUUAUGGACUAUUGAGAGGUUGAAUGAAAGUCCCGUCGGUGUGAAAAUGGUGAAAUGAAACCAAACAAAUAAAACCAAUAAGAUACUUUGGUUGGGGUUUUGUUUCAGUUUCUUGUAUUCACUUGUUAUUGGGUCAUUUUUGGUCCACUUUGGGUUUAAUUUACCAUACAAAUUUAUACAGAAUUGUGCAAACAAAUUGAUUUUCUUAGGAGGUUCGGUUCAUUUUAGAAUCUUAUCGAUUUGUCCAUUUUGAUUUUGGUCUGCUUUGAGUUCGGUUUACGACUUCUUAUCGGUUUGAUUUAGGUUUUGAUCCAACUUAAACUUGUUUUAAUUUGGUUUUGGGUUCGUAUACCUUAAGCCGAAUCAAAUGACUUUGGUUCGAUCUGGUCUAAGUUUUUUGUAGUUCGGUCUCUUUUACAAGUUCAAUCUAGGCUGACACCCCUAACUAGCAAGAAUCAAUGCCUCACAAUUAAAGGGGUUAAAAAAGACUUAAGUCUCUUUACACUCAUGGUGAAUGGGAAGGUAAUUUAAAUGCAUUUAGAGGGUAUCAUGAAGGUUUUUUGAGAAUGUACUAAAUUCCCAUUGGUGCUUGUGAAUCCGUGG